AUGGCCACGUUCAUCAAGUCCAAAUCAUCUUCUAAUUCUUCCACUGGAGUUGGAUACAGUAAUGGUGUCUUUUUGAGUUUUCGAAGAGAAGAUACUUGCAAGAAUUUUACAGACCAUCUUUGUUAUGCAUUAGUUCAAGCAGGAAUCCCUACAUUUCGCGAUGUUAAUGAACUUACUAGAGGAGAAGAAAUCUCCCAACAACUCAAGGCAAUUGAAGAAUCAAGGAUUUCUAUAGUGGUCUUCUCCAAAGGUUAUGCUUCAUCAACAAAGUGUCUUGAUGAACUAGCAAAGAUUAUGGAGUGCAAAAAUACCAUUGGCCAGAUUGUUGUCCCUGUGUUUUAUGAUAUUGAACCAUCCGAUAUACGCAAACAGAAACGAAGUUUUUUAGAAGCCUUUAAGGCGUAUGAAGAAAUAUGUAAGGUAAAAAUGAAGAAGGUCAACAAGUGGAGAGGAGCUCUAAACGAGGCUUCAAAUCUGUUCGGGUAUGCUCUCAAGGAUAUGGCAAAUAGGUAUGUCUUUUCAUUAUAA